AUGCGGAUGAAAGGGUUGGCCUGCCCGUGCCCUGCCCUACCCAACUUCUUGGAGCUGGGGGCCUGCUUAAUGGCUGAGGCUUCCCGGACUCAGGCGUCAGGUCAAGGGCCUCCUAUCAACAUCCAGUUCCUUCGCGCCCAGUAUGAAGGUCUGAGGAGACAGCAGAGGACCCAGGCCCACCUGAUGGUGUUUCCUAAAGAAGGGGCCAUGCUUACUCCAGCUGAAUCGAUGACCAGUGCUGUUUGGAUUAACAAGGGGAGAAAGAGCUCACUGUCCCCGGAUGAGACUGACUCUGAGGUUGAGGGGACAUUGGAGGAAGUGGACAGAAGCUGCCAUCAGGCUCCUGAGACUCCAUGGCACACAUACCUAGAGAUGCACCGCUUGGUUCAAACCCUCCAUCUGGAAGCCAGCCACCAAGGGAACCGCAAGGGCUCCCUUGUAGAGUCAGAACCCAGGCUCUCUCCAGAAGGAGACCCUAACAUGUUGGAAAACAAUCACAAGACUCAUCAAGAAGCCAAAAUCCCAGAGGUGGCCCAGGGUCAAGGUCAGGAGGAUAGUAUCCCAUUACAGGCAGCGGGCUCCAGUUUACAAGCCAGCAUCCAGCAUCUUCCUUCCACAAAGAACCGACACAGGUCUGGAAAACCAGCUCACUAUCCAUUUCCCCAGAAGAAACAUCCCAGGAUCUCCCAAGCUGCCCGGAACCUGGGCUUAUAUGGCCCACCCUGA